AUGUCUAUCCUGGCUCCGUCCGUCCAAUUCCGAUCGUUCAUUCCCUCCCCUUUGUACCACAAGGUAGGUGAUACUGGGUCCUACAACCUCAUCCGCCACAGCAACAAUCUCACACUAUCUCAGAUGUACGCCUCCUCCGCUAUCCGGGCCCGUCUGGCCACCGUUGCUGCCCGUCGUGGUUUCUCCACCACCCGCACUCAGUUCGGCAGCCCCUACCACUACGCUGAGGGCCCUCGCACCAACAUUCCCUUCAACCCUCUGACCAAGCACUUCUUCUGGCGCUACUGGACCUUCAUGGCUGUUGGUUUCGGCUCCCCCUUCGCCAUUGCCGUCUGGCAAACCUACAAGACCAAAUAA